AUGACCGACCGGUCAUCACCAUCAAUGAAUGACGGGUCAUCUUCAUCGAUGAUGGACCAGUUGACUCCAUCAAUGAUGGACCAGUUGACUCCAUUGGUGAACAACCGGUCAUCACCAUUGAUGACCAACCAGUCAUCACCAUUGAUGACCAACCAGUCAUCACCAUUGAUGACCGACUCUUUGUCAUCAAUGAAUCAUGAUGGACCAGUCAACUCCAUCGAUGAUGGACCAGUUGACUCCAUCGAUGAUGGACCAGUCGACUCCAUCAAUGAUGGACCGGUUGACUCCAUUGGUGAACAACCGGUCAUCACCAUUGAUGACCAAAUCUGA